UUGGCUGGAUGACCGAAUGGCAGCUUUUACGCAGAGGGUUGUCUCACCUGCUGAAUCGCGCUCCUCCAUUCAGCACAGCUCAGCCCCUCGUUCGCUCUCACCUCCAAUUAACAUCCAGCCCUGCGAGGUCAGCGCUGCGUCUCCCAGCUUCUCGCGGCGUGUUCGCGUUUAGUCUCCCGCUUCACCCUGACGCGACGAGCCCGCGGGCAUCCUGCCGUGCCCCCUGCGCAUGGAUGGUCUCAGCCAGAGCAGGCGAACAAAGCGAGAGUCUCUCCAGAGAACUGCGUCCCCUCUCCAAAAAAAAAAAAAACCCAACCCAGGGAUGAUUGUUGUCUGUAAGUACUCCGGAUAAUCCUCUGUUGUUUUUCCUCCUUGUUGUUAGGUUUCCUUGUGUGUAGUUCACGGGGACAGAACGCGCUGUGAAAGAUGGAUACGCUCUUUUUUAGCCCGACGGACAGGCAUUUAAUUUAGGGAACACCCGAUGCCGCUGCUGGACAGAAGUAAUGGGCAGAUUUUGGAUCGCGCCGGACUCGUUAUUGGUUUCCUGGGAGUAGAAGAGGCCUGUGUUCGAUGCUUGAAAACAGAAACGACAGCACAGUUCUGCCGCAAACACACAAACAGUGAUUUCUUUUCCCCCCAAGGCGUGAAUUGCCAGAUUACAAAAAACACAUCUGUGAAUAUACUGACACGCGCGUAAACCGACAGAACUAUGGAGCACACCGGGAUCGAGGAGGUGAACCAGACGCACCAGCAGCAGCAUGAGCCCAUCAGCUUCGGGAUCGACCAGAUCCUCAACAGCUCGGACCAGUCCAGCGGCUGCAUGCUGCCCAACCGGACCAACGGCGACCCGGAUUACGCGCUGGCCCCCAACGUCUACAGCAACGGGUACAACAGCGUCUACAACCCGGCCUGCUCCAUGGCGGCGGCGGCGGGUCUGGCCGGCUCCUACAACGUCAACAUGAACAUGAACGUCAGCAUGAACAUGAACAUGAACGUUAACGUGAACUCGGGCGGUGGCGCCGGUGGGGUGAUCCGGGUGCCGGCGCACAGACCCAUGCCGCCGCCGCCGCCCUCCGUCGCCGCUGCGCCGCAUCCGCCCCCCUCAGGGCAUCCGCCGGGCAUCGGACCCGGCAUCCCCUCGGUGCCCGGGAUGGGGAUGGGGAAUGCGGCGAACUUCACCUUCCCGUGGAUGGAGAGCAGUCGGAGGUUCGCCAAGGACAGAUUAACAGGGGAGCAGGCAGAGGAGAGCCGAGUCGGAGAGGCCACAGGGGGGCCGGGGGCCGCCGGGUCCCUCUGUCAUCUCCCCAAGGGAGACAUCGGCAGGGUCCCUGUCUGGAGCACUGUGGAGACGUUAGCUAAAUGCUAUUACCCCGAGCUCGCUCACCUGCGAGACGGCAAUGGCCUUCUAGCAGACUAUCCUUUCCCAAAGGGGGCUUGCCCAGCUGCCCUCUCGCCUUUCUCCGUGACCCGUCGCAUCGGCCACCCUUACCAGAACCGGACGCCGCCCAAGAGGAAAAAGCCUCGCACCUCUUUCAGCCGGGUGCAGAUCUGCGAGCUGGAGAAACGCUUCCACCGGCAGAAGUACCUGGCGUCGGCCGAGCGCGCCACCUUGGCCAAGGCCCUGAAGAUGACAGAUGCACAAGUCAAGACCUGGUUUCAGAACAGACGGACAAAAUGGCGGUAAGAAUCCAG